AUGAAUUGUGCAGUUCAUGCUUUAAAUUGUUUUACUCUUCUUCGCAACAUCAAUAAUCAUGAUUCUCCUUUCUUUCUUUUACCCAACGGUGAAGCAUUUACUCGUCGUGCUCUUAUUUUCAAUUUAAGACAUUUACUGCUUCAAUUAGGUUAUGAAGCUUCUGCUUAUAGUGGACAUAGUCUGCGGGUAGGAGCAGCUACAUCUGCAGCGGCGGCUGGUGUUCCUGAUCAUUUAAUACAAACCCUAGGUCGUUGGAAUUCUUUGUCUUAUUUACGUUACAUCCGUGUUAGUGAUACUGUUAUUCUGGCAGCUCAUCAUAAAAUAUUGCAGUUUUCUUCUUAG